AUGAAGUACAUCCUCGCCCUGAUCGUGGCCGCAAGUUCGGCCUAUGCAAGAGUCAGACCACCUAGGCCAGAUGCAUUUUCUGCCACUGUUUGGGAUACAUCCACCCCUGACAACUCAGCCUCGACGAUCCAGAAUCUACAGACGACUUUGACGGUUCCUGCGCUUCCUUCUCAGCAGGGCUUGUUCUUGUGGCCUGGCCUAUACGCGGAGGGAGACUGGCUUGUCCAGACGAUCCUCACCAACGACGGACAAUAUCUAAACGGCGGCUGCGACACCGGGGGCGCCAACGGCUGGUGCGUCCAAGCCUAUCAAUACAGCGGCUCCAAAGACAACGGCGUCGGACCCGCGACCCUCGUGAAAGAAGGCGACCAGCUCGAAAUCACCUACCAAUACAACCCAUACGUGGGCACUAUGCAACAAACCACCGUCCUCGGCCAGACCGGCCAGACCCUCCUGAACUACACCUUUGGCUGCGGCCCCGGGGUCUCUCUCGUCGACUCUAUCGAGUGCCACGCAGCGAUCGACAAUGUCCCGCAGCAUACCUACACCAACACGAGGAUUCAAUUGAGCUCGCCGAAUCUGAGCUUCAAUACGUCUUUGAAUGCUGACAACUCGAGCCCGAACAGUUUUGCGAGUACGGAUGAUGGGACGAAUUGGUUCAUUCCGGAGAUUACGCUUUAUGCCACGAGCUGUGAGUGCGAUUCGAAUGGGUUCUGUUAA